GCACGAAAACGAGCAUUUGUCGGAAGUAAACAAAGUAGCUGCUCAGAAAACGGUACUGCUGCGCGCGCAUUAACAUUUUUACGACGGAAGUACAACGGCUGAAACGGAGGAAAGCGACAACUGGAGUGAAAACGAAGCGGAAUUAGUCAAUGAGAGGGAGGAGAGAGGGGGAAAGAAGGAGUGUGUGCGACAGGGAGGCUGCUGGACGCUGGGGCCGAGGUGGACGUGGCGGGUCCGGCAGGGGUUUGGUGUGGGUUCCGCUUCGGCGCGUUGACGGCCGAAAAAAAAGCAAUGAACAGGUAGUGAUGAGAGUGUGCAUGUACCGCGCAAGUCACAUGCAACUCACCACAUACGCUCUUCUAUCGCAGCGAGCGUUUUGCAUUGUUAUGCAAAGGUGAACGAAUCGACGUUUGCGUUCGAAAGUUGCAGCUGGCUCAACUUUCCCUCAGCGGAUCGUUCAGUUGGCUGAUGCAGCGACGUUCAGCUACAAACAAGAUGGCCACUGGCUCACGCAUGCUGAAGCUGUGGCAUUUUCACCCUCCUGUCUUUGAGCCAGGGGACUCACUGUUGUUCCUAACCCAGUUCAGAGGUUCCCUUGGCAGCAGUGACAAUCCCCGCUCAGGAAUCCCGCUUUUAUCUCUGUGAAAGUAAGGUAUAUUACUCAUAACGGAAGCUUCGGUCAGGCGGUGGACUAGCUUCCACCAGGAUGGCUGAGUUGGAGACAGAAUGCAUCGGUUUAGGACUAAAUAAUUUGGUGUCGGAAUGCGACUCUCCGCCACUUGACUCUUUGCGAGCGGAGUGCGCCACGCCGACCUUAACCAUGCUCUCGUCAGAAUGUAGCACGCCUACGCUCAGCUCGCUGGCGUCCGAGAUCGUGGAGCCCAUGGCUAUGCUGCCGUGCAUCAAAAGCGAGCCCGACCUCGACCCCAUCAGCACAGUGGACCUCUCGGUGAUUCAGCCCCUGUGCACGGCAGAGCUGGGCUCCGAGCAGAUCAAGAUGGAGAUCAGCGGCCUCGACUACAUCAAAUCGGAGCACCACAGCGACCUCCAUUCCUUCCACAGCACGGAGCUGGACUCCUACAAGUCACACUAUGAACCCAGCCUGGUGUUCGACUACAUCACCCACGUUUCGGACAGCCUGGAGUACAUCAAGUCGGAGCAGCAUUCGGACCUGCACAGCUACUACGCCAGCGAGCUCGGCGCCAUCAAGACCGAGUACGAACCCAACCUCAUGUCCAGCCACAUCAAGACGGAGAUGAACACCCUGGAGUCCAUCCACAUGGCGGAGCUGCGCACCGAGCUCAACAAGCUCCGGCCCGAGACCGUCAUCGACGGCAUGGGGAAAAUGGACUCUGAUUUCCCCUCUGGAAACCUUUACGAACUGACGUCCGUCCAGGCCAACAAAGCGCCCGCUGCGCACAACCAAACCAGCACAAAAGGCCACGGGCCACGCAAACCUCGCAACCUCACUGGUGAGAAGCCGUUCUCUUGCACUCAGUGCGGGAAGAGCUUCAGCACCCUGGGUAACCUGAAGACUCACCAACGCAUCCACACCGGCGAGAGGCCUUACACUUGCUCCCAGUGUGGGAAGAGCUUCGGGCAGGCCGGUAACUUGAAAAGGCACCAGCUCAUCCACACGGGGCAAAAACCUUACACCUGCGCACACUGCCCGAAGGGUUUCACCAAAGCGGACGACCUCCGCUCGCACCAGCGGCUGCACACGGGCGAGAAGCCGUUCAGUUGCGCCGAGUGCGGAAAGUGCUUCAGUCAAACGAAGGAACUCAAAGCCCACCAGUUGAGCCACACGGGAGAGCGGCCCUUCUGCUGUUCGCUGUGCGGCAAGAGCUUCACUAAAGAGACGAGUUACCGCAAUCACCAGCAAAUCCACACGGGCGAGAAGCCGUACAGCUGCGCCCAGUGUGGCAAGUCUUUCAGCAAUUCAGGGGUCCUCAAAACACACGAGAAGAUUCACUCCGGGGAAAAGCCGUUCGGCUGCACCCAGUGCGGCAAAAGUUUUGGCCGCUUGGGACAUCUUAAAGCACACCAGCAAAUUCACUCGGGCGAACGGCCGUACACCUGCCAGCAUUGCGGGAAGAAUUUCAGCCAAUCAGGUCAUCUCAAAGCACACGAGCAGAUUCACAAAAGAGAACGGCCAGAUCUUAGCAGUGGCAGCAGUCCCAGUAACGAUAGUAGCUGAAAUAAAACCUCAUUACAUCUCAAAAAGUAUUACUCUUUUUUUUAAAAUUGCUUUUCACUUCUUUUUUUAGUUUCUUUUU